GGGUUAAACGUUUACAGGAAGUUCACCGUGAGCAUGUAUAAAGACACUUCCUGUGGUCUUGUUCAAUAAACAUUUUAAAACAUUCAUGGCUUGACGGAACACAGGGAUAUUAAAACGGAGAAAACCUAAAGACCAAUAUGAAUUACGUACCGGGGACUGCAAGCCUUAUUGACGACAUUGACAAAAAGCACCUGGUGCUGCUCCGAGAUGGCAGGACGCUGAUUGGUUACCUCAGAAGCAUCGACCAGUUUGCCAAUCUGGUGUUUCACCAGACCGUAGAGAGGAUCCACGUGGGGAAAAAGUUUGGUGACAUCCCCAGAGGCAUCUUCAUCGUCAGAGGAGAAAAUGUAGUUCUGCUUGGAGAGAUAGAUGUGGAUAAACCCUGUGACACGGUCUUGCAGCAGGUCUCCAUCGAGGAGAUCCUGGAGGAGCAGCGACAGCAGCAGCAAACCAAGCAGGAGACGGAGAAGGUCAAAAUGCAGGUGCUAAAGGACCGAGGCCUUUCCAUUCCCAAAGCGGAUAACAUGGACGAGUACUGAUGUCGCCAUUUUUCACGAGCGUCUUUCUCAGUUUGUAUCAGACUGCUACAUUUACGUUGGAAAUUAGUGUUUUUGUCUUUUAAUUCCCAGUUGGCUAAAGACGGCAUCAUUUAAUUUUCAUUUAGUAUUGAAUAUUUUGAUUUAAAAGGAAAAGAUGAUCUGCUGUUUUAUUUUUUGGUAAUUCAUGUCAGCGCAUUAAAUGUUAUUGGAUCAUGAUCAUUAUGUUGGUAAUCCUUUCACAGAAACACUUUGUGAUUAUAUUAUUUUGCUAUGAUGUCUUCUGUUGUGGAGAUUUGUGAGUCUGCUUUUGACAAACAUUACUUUCCACCAAUAAAGAUUUUAGUUUGUA